CUAUCAACAUAUACACAAUAAAUCGAAAGAAGGGAUAGGGAGUUCUUCUAAUGUUUUCGGUUCUUUUUUCCCACACCUGCCGCUGAUGUCACAUCUCGAGUGAUAUUGAGUAAACAGUCUUAAAGGUCGUCUUUGAUUCGUUCUAAAAUAAUAAUUGUGUUAAUUUCUAAUAAUAAUCGAGAUCUAUCGAUUGAAAUAAGCCUAAGGACAAACUAGUACUUAUAUUGAAAUCGAUAUAUCGCAUAUCUUAUAAGAAAACGAACAUGAGUAGAGUGUAUAAUUUAUAGAAAUGUAUUUUAUUCGUAAUUUAGGUUUUUUAUGAUAAUUAAUGAAUUAUCAACAGUUAAAUUAGGCUUACGAUAUCGAACUUUCGACCGUGCUCUAACCUCUACUUAUAGACACCAAUGUCGACGUUAGAUAUCAAUCGUCGACAUCGUGGUAUUGUAUUGUUACUUAAUAACAAGUAUACAUAAAAAUUGUAAAAUUUACAAUACCCGCUCAAAAAUAUGGCGGGAUUGGAAAGUUACGAAAGAGUGUAUCGAGGACGUUUGAUAGAAAAUCGGGAUGCAAGAGAUCAUUUGCAACAGAAAUAUCAUGGCCAUGAUGUUAUUCAUCCUUUGGAUAUAUCAACUCCUCAUCCUUUAGCAGAAGAUAGUCCGCCUCACGACGACGAUGUCGUGGUUAAAAAGUAUAUAGUAUUAGGAUGCAGUCUAGUUGGUCUAAUUACAGAGAAUUUAUUAAUUCAUCCUUUUAUUGUCCUAAGAAGACAAUGUCAAGUCAAUCCUGGAUCCGCUAAUUAUCACUUAGUACCUUUUACUUUAAUUCCUAUAAUGGCACGAUUACAUCAGAGUCAAGGUUUAAAUACUUUGUGGAAAGGAAUCGGUUCUGUCUUAUUAGUAAGAGGCAUGACUCUAGCAAUCGAAGACCUGAUUUCUAAAGUUACACCAUGGCCAAAAGAAGUAACAUGCAAUAGUUCUUUGAAAGCUUUUGGUCAACACAUACUUCUCAAAUGUGUAUCUCUAGGCAUAGUAACUCCAUUUUAUUCUGCUUCACUUGUGGAAACAGUACAAUCUGAAAUAGCAUCUGAAAGCCCUGGCAUUCUAGAUGUUUUCCGAGAUGGAGCUUUACGUUUGGUUGAAAUUAGCAAUAAAGGUAGACUCAUACCUAUUUAUGCCCUUCUACCGCCUACUAUAGCUUAUGGAGUAACUAAGUAUCUCUUUACUCUUAUUGUAAGGGGUAUUACAAGUCGUAUCAUGCAUAUAAGACAUAAGCAUCGUCAGGAAUAUAUGGGAGCGUAUAGUCGUGAUUUACUAUCUGAAACGCUUAUUCAGGAUAUUGAAUUGCAAUCAAUAUCAAUUUCUAUGUGCACAGCUGAUGUAUUAUUUUAUCCAUUAGAAACUGUUAUUCAUCGUUUGCAUCUUCAAGGGACACGCACUAUUAUAGAUGAUUUAGACACAGGAAGGAGUGUUACUCCGUUGUUAACAGGAUACAGUGGUGCCACUGAUUGCUAUCGCACAAUAAUUUCCACAGAAGGUCCACUGGGUUUAUAUAAAGGAUUUGGAGCUCUUAUAUUACAAUUUGGGGUAUAUGUUUUCGUAUUACGUGCAACUAAAUGGAUUUUAACGGAACUAGUCACGAAAUUGAGACCUAAGCCUAAAUGUAAACCUAUUAAAUCGUCUGAAAAUUUAUAUUAUAGAGAUUCAAUGUGAAUAUUUUUUUUUUCUUUUAUAUAUAUAGGUUGUUUAGUAUAUACAAAAAAUAUUUUUAGUAAUUAAUUUAACAACUGGAUUGCUAUAAUGAUUAUAUAAAUGAAAUUUUGUGCUUUUUAACCUUAAGGUACUUCUGUAAUUAAAUAUACAAAAUAUUACAGAAACAAUGAAAAAAUAUUAAUACUGAUAACUUCUUAAGAUUUUAAUCUUACAGACAUAAGAUCAAUAAUGUAUAAAUUUAACAACCCACUGCUAAAACUGAUUUAUAUUUAAUAUU